CCGUUCUUCGGAGCGAUGGGCUGCAUGUCCGCCAUCGUCUUCACCUGCUUCGGAGCAGCCUACGGCACGGCGAAGGCUGGCGUUGGUAUCUCUGCAAUGGGUGUCCUCAGGCCUGACCUGAUUGUCAAGAACAUCAUUCCAGUCAUUAUGGCUGGUAUCAUUGCCAUCUACGGCCUUGUCGUUUCCGUGUUGAUCUCCAACAACCUCGCCCAAGAAACAACACUCUUCGCCAACUUCAUCCAGCUUGGCGCUGGUCUAUCUGUCGGUCUGGCUGGUCUCGCUGCCGGCUUUGCCAUUGGUAUUGUCGGUGAUGCCGGUGUACGUGGUACCGCCCAGCAACCACGACUAUUCGUCGGCAUGAUUCUCAUUCUCAUUUUCGCCGAAGUGUUGGGUCUGUACGGUCUCAUCGUCGCCCUGCUCAUGAACUCCAGAGCAGGCGAUGCCAAGUGCUAGAUCAGCGCGGAAUUGGUGGGGAGUGUGCGCAGACAAUACCAAGUGAACGCCAACGCGCAGAUAGUCACGAUGAUGGGGUUGGGUGGUUGAGGAGACGGGAAUGGUCAGUGGAGGAGACAGCGUCGAACGCUCGGUUCAGGCUGUCAUAUGUGCGCUUUGAGGAGCGCCGUCAGAGCUACAUGUAGUUGUACAUUUCAGCCGGCGUUUUAGCGGUCUAGUAGAUAUGCUCUGGAUAUGCCAUGUGCAUUGCACGUCUGGCGCAUGUUCCGUCACAGCUGCUUAAGCUCCAGCCGCACG